AUAUAUACAAACAAACCCAUUUUCAAGAAUCUACUUUGAGAAAAACUUGAAAAAUGGGAAAAGAUCUCAAGAGUUUGGUUAGAUGCAUGUACACUGGGAAGCUCAACGAUAAUGUGAGGAAGCUAAAGAUCGCAACCGAAGAACUCAAAGAUAUUGGGAACAGCGUGAUGAAAAGGGUCAAGAUUUGUGAAGAGCAGCAACAGAUGAAGCGGUUAGACAAAGUCCAAUCAUGGCUUAGACAAGCCGACAUUGUUAUAAAAGAAGCAGAAGACUUGUUCUUGACGUCUUCUUCUUCCAGCCAAGGGUUGUUAUCUUCAAGCCACAAGAUGGAGAAGAAGAUUUGCAAGAAGCUGAAAGAAGUUGAAGAGAUUAAGAGCAGAGGAAUGUUUGAGGUUGUUGCUGAAAACGUCGUCGGAGGAGGAAGCGGCUCAACGGUUAAGACUAAUGAUGAGGAGACAGUAGGGUUAGAGGCGGUUUCUGGUUUGGUUUGGAGGUGUUUGACGAUGGAGAACACUGGGAUUAUUGGAUUGUAUGGUGUGGAAGGUGUUGGAAAGACAACGGUUCUGACUCAGGUUAAUAACAGGUUGCUUCAACAGAAAGCAAAUGGGUUUGAUUUUGUUUUGUGGGUGUUUGUGUCUAAGAAUCUGAAUCUUGAAAAGAUUCAAGACACGAUUAGGGAGAAGAUUGGGUUUUUGGAUAGGACGUGGACGAGUAAGACCGAGGAAGAGAAAGCUGCCAAGAUCUUUGACAUCUUGAGUAAGAGACGUUUUGCAUUGUUUCUUGAUGAUGUUUGGGAAAAAGUUGACCUAGUGAAAGCUGGAGUUCCACCACCUGAUGCGCAGAACCGGUCGAAGGUUGUAUUCACGACUUGUAGUGAAGACGUUUGUAAGGAGAUGAGUGCACAGACGAAGAUUAAAGUGGAGAAAUUGGCGUGGGAGCUAGCUUGGGACUUGUUUAAGAAGAAUGUUGGAGAAGAUACUGUGAAGAGCCACCCGGACAUAGCAAAGGUGGCUCAAGAGGUUGCAGCCAAAUGCGACGGUCUUCCUCUGGCUUUGGUCACCAUUGGUCGAGCCAUGGCCUCCAAGAAAACACCACAGGAGUGGCGUGACGCUUUAUACAUCUUGAGUAACUCUCCUCCUAAUUUCUCAGUUCUCAAGUUACUGGACAGGAACUAGGUGAAGGAAGUUGAAAUGAUAUUAUUAUUUGGAGUGUUUAAAGUUACUGGCUAGGUUUCUUUUGAAGAAAUUGUUUGGUUUUUAUUUUAAUAAUUGUGUAUUUGCUUUGUAAUUUUCCCAAUGAUUUUAUAUAUGAAUGAAUGUUCUAUACUUCUAUUGUCAACAAAACAACAACAAAAAUAUCUAAUUGACUCCAAGUUAGUGAAACAGAAAAUGAUUAUAUCAUGUCUAUGUUGAGAGAAAACAUAGACGCAUACACACAAAGAAGUGAAGAACAGAGGAGUUGAAGAAGAAGUUUUUGUGACAGCCAAUGAUUUUCUAAAACACUUUCAUGAAUCUUGAUAUUUCAGAUUUUUCAUUAAAAGAGAGAUUUUACAGUCAACAAUAGUUUUCAUUAAUACAAUAUUGUAUUUAAGUACCAAUCGUUCAUAAAAAAAUUUAUUAAAUUUAUCAAAAUAAACGGACGUUUCAACAAUCUAAUGGUGAUGGUGAACAAGCAAAGUAGCAAACCAUAAUAUAAUGAUUUAUACAGGAUAAAAAACGUAAGUUAAUCAAGCUGGACUAAUAAUCCAUUGUUUUUCUUUAUAUAAAUUAAAAAAAGAGAUGAUAUUAUCAUAUUAAAAGAAGUUUCAAAAAAGAAAAGAUGAUAUUAUUUUACGAUCAUUCAUAAGAUAAAUAAAGCCCUUACUAAGGGUUAUGAUGAGUGAGACACGUAAUAAUGUCUCAACAUAAAUAACAAAAAAAUGUUCAAAAAAAAAAA